GUAUAGGUGGAAGAGCACCAGCUUUAACAUGUGUCUGUGUUCAUUUUCAGAAAUUUGCACAUAAUUUUAGUAGGCGGUGUGCAUGUUACAUUGUUCAUAAAAUGAAAUAGCAAUGGCUCACUUGACUUUGAACCAUUAUUUGCAGCAGAUUGACAAUGCGUGGCGAAACAAGGAUGGAAACUCCCUGUCGGAUUAUCUUUCUUUUCGUCAUGGCCAUGUUGCUAGUAGCAAGUUACAACUUGAAAAUCCAGAAUCUGCAGUAGAGAGAGUACUGGAACCUCCGCUUGAUGAAAUAGUAGCUGCCCAUUUGAGGAGUGUAUGGGCGUUGAAUAAUCAAGAUUUUGUUGAAGCAUAUCGUUGCCAGGCUCUGGUUGUUCAAUCAUUUACAAAGUUGCUUCAGUCACAGAGAGAUGAGAAUUGGUCUUUGCCAGUAAUGUAUACGGUGUGCCUUGAUUUGCGGCUUAUGUCCAUGCAUGCCGACCGCACAUUAACUGCUAAAGGAACGGGGCGACCGAAAGAAACUUUAGAGAAGGCUGCCGAGUGUCUAAUGGGAUGCUUCCGAGUUUGUGCGGCCGACAAUCGGUCUUCAGAGGACCACACAAAACGAUGGGGAAUGUUAUUGUUAGUAAAUCAGCUGUUUAAAGUUUACUUUCGAAUCAACAAGCUCCAUCUGUGCAAGCCUUUAAUUCGUGCUAUUGACUCAUCGCCCUUCAAGGAGCAGUUUGCCCUUGGCCAGAGAGUGACCUACCGAUACUACGUUGGACGUAAGGCAAUGUUUGACAGUGAUUAUAAAGCUGCUGAUCAGUUCCUGUCCUUUGCUUUUGAAAAAUGUCAUAAGAGGUGUUGGCGAAACAAACGGCUGAUUCUGAUCUAUUUGAUUCCUGUCAAGAUGCUUCUUGGUUACAUGCCAAGUAAAGCCGUACUUGAGAAAUAUGAUCUCAACCAGUUUGUUGAGGUUGUUGAGGCUGUGAAACAAGGGAAUAUUCUGCAACUCAACAAGUCAAUUCAACUGCAUGAAGUAUUUUUCAUCAAAUGUGGCAUCUAUCUUCUUCUUGAGAAACUUAAAAUUAUCACAUUCAGGAAUUUAUUCAAGAAAGUCCAUCUCCUCAUGAAGACGCAUCAGAUACCAAUAGAGUCUCUGUUAAUGGCUCUCAGGUACAAUGAACUGAAGGAUAUUGAUUUGGAUGAAACGCAGUGCAUUGUUUCGAAUCUUAUAUAUGAAGGAAAAAUUAAAGGAUACAUCUCUCACCAACAUAAAAAGUUGGUCGUGAGUAAACAGAAUGCAUUCCCAGGUCUCAAUACAUUGAGUUAAAAAUGUGUGUGCGAAGUACAAAUUACAGGAUAAAUUAUCUGUAAAAUGUUUUAGUUCUCUGUGACAACUUUGGCACUUCAAGGUCAAAUGUUGAAAAGUUAAUCUAAUAGAUGUAAUUUUUUUAUAAUUUUUUUUAUACAGUUUAAAUAAAUUGUAUCUUAUGAUACAACUUCUCACAUUAAUUCUAGAGUUUUCACAGUGUUUCAUAUUCUUUGCUUGUGUUCGUUGCAUCAUGUGUCUGACGAAUGGUGAUAUGUACCUUACAGGAAUGAAGGUGCUUGGCUUAUUCUGUCAUAUUUAAAAUAAAUUUCUUACUUCGGUUCAAGAUUAAAUAUUAACAGUGGUGGAAAUGUGUAAUCUGUAAUAGAAUAGACAGAGGUUACACUUCUAUUCAUUGCAUUCUGGAUGCUUCUUGCUCAGAAUAUUUUUGGUGAAGCAAUAAAUUUUAAAUGGUGUGUAAGAUUAAUUUUGAUACCCCUUUUUGAUCUUGACUAAAGAAGAAAAAUAUUGGGAGUACUACAUCCCACAUGGCUAAUAAAUAAUUCUAUGAAUGUCUCAGCAGAAUUUUUGGUGAAUGAGUGAUAAGUAAAGUAUUAUUUUAAUCAGAACAGCUGAUCGUACAAAAUAUUGGUGCAUAAAAAUGUACAACUAAUUAUAAUCUGCAACUUUAUUUACAUAAUUCUUAUGUGGUGUGUGUGUACAAACUUAAAAAUAAGUUAUGGCUUAUACAGUCCGGUAACAAGUGUGAUUUGUUUGGUGCAGUAUAUCUGGAAUAUGUGUACAGCACUUCCUGUGGCAGUUUUAGGAACUCUGUGUUGAGGAAGGAGAUUGGUAUAAUGCAUUUUUCUUAUAAAAAGAAUAGGUGACCCUUAGUGUAUGUUGCUUUGAGUUGUCUCUUGGCUUCUGCUUCCACCAGCGCUCUUAAUGGUUAUUAAUUUCAGGCUUGAAGAGAGUUAUGUGGUAUGAGAAAUUCAUACCUUGAUGUUCGUAUACUCCUUCAGUUGUCGCAGGUUAAGCCGUCUGGUUUGUGCCAAAUUCAAAUACCUGAAACAGUCUCUGGAUAGACAUUUGGUAAGACUCUUUGAACUGAGUAGUGGUUAAUUGCAAGGAUAUCUACACAUUCACCAUCAGAUAAGAAAUAAGACAAUGAUGAUAUAUCUGGAAUCUCGUCCAAGGAGUCCCACCGAAUGUCUAUAGAUCGAGCCAACGAAAAGUUGGGACCCACAGUGCUCAGGCACUUGAAGAACGCAUCGUUCCCAGUAUAUCUGGAAUGGAACGAAUCGUGGUUUUAUUUGCAUUAAGUGAGACGAAAGAAUGAUUAGGUUUGUUGACCUGCAAGAGGCCAUGUAAGUACAGGUAUGUGUUUUAUGCCGAACGUAAAUAUAUCUUAUUUCUAUUUGGUCUCAUGCUUGUGCGUUUUAUUGAUGUAGCUAUUGUAGUGUCUGUAUUUCUUCCGAUUUCGCACUUUGAAAAACUGAAGGAUACGAUGCGGUACUAUAAGGCUCCUUCAUGGCUGUUAGGUUAUGUCUCUUAAUUUUGAAAUUUCUGUUGACAUAAGUACUACUUACUGGUUAAAGAUAUAAAGUUGAACGAAUUGUUGACUAUGGUUUAAAAUAUUGGUACACAAGGAGACUACAUCGAACGUGACAGCAGCCAUUAGUGUGUAUUUAAAUAUAGUUUUUAGGGGGGGGGGAGGCAUUCCAGGAACUUAAUUGUCACAUCUCAUUCAUAAAAGACACAUACUACAUUUGUUUACAUCAGGACGGUGAUGGGAGAGGUUCUGUGUUGUAAUAAUAAGCGACAACAUUCCAAAUUCCAUUGUUAUAAAAUUUGAUGUUGCUAACAAGUCGUUGCUAAGCAGUGUACAAAUAGAACUUUGUGAGGAAGGAUGUCGUUUUCGAAGUCCACAGUUCCAAGGUGUCAACAAGAUAUUAAAUCGAAAUAUGAGAAGCAAGAAGCUCGGCUCUUGACUGAACUGCAUGCUCUUCGGAUGCGGCUGAAAUCAGCUAAGGACCACAUAAAGGAAGCAGAGGACAAAGCCGAAUUGAUGGAGAAAGACGUCAAAGCAGUUCGGAUCUUCAUGUGUGAGCUGCAGGCAUCACUAACAGACACCAAGAAUCAAAAUGAAAAGUUGGAAGAACUAAUAAGGCAGGAAAAUUCGAUGGUUGAACAGACGGAUUGUGUGAUGUGUCAGCAAUGCAAACGUUCGAAGGGUUGGGGGAAGUUGACUUAGUCACUGAAAGGAAUGCUGCAGCAAGACAAACAGGCAGACCAGGUGGGCAAGGAGAUUUCAGCGCAAGCAGGUGAACUGAAAAAAUUGUACCUGAGAGCAGAGAGAAAAGUUACCGAGGUGGCACGUUUGAAAGAAAGACUGAAAAAAGUGCAAGAGGAGAGAACGAGAUUCCAAGCACAAGGCGCACAUAUUUCAUAGUUGGAGUGUGUCUGUGUGUCUUAUUCAUCACCCUGAUGAUGAAGGUGGUAACCACCUCUGAAAUGUUAGUAAACGUCUACCAGAGUACAUGGUGCAGCAUCCCAGAAGACGUCUUUGUUCUCACUGCCAAAAGAACCUGAAAUAUCACAAGUGUACAUUCUAAAUGUAAUUUUGUGAAUCUCAAUAGGGAAUGUAUAAAUAUAGUUUGAAAGUGCAAAAUAAAUUAUCCUGAUUUUAAUGUUUAA